AUGCUGCCCACUACACUGCUCUGUCACUGUGGCCCCUGCCUGCUGUGCCAGGCCUGGGUCCCAGUCCCUGCAGCCCCUGCUGCCCUGGCCGCCUCUGUUGCCACCGUCCUGGGCCAGAUGUCCUUCACCUUUGCCUUCCUAAUGCAGGUGUAUUUCAAGGAGGCCAAUGUGAAGCAAGUGGAUGUCCGAAUCCAGAGUGGGGCCUUUGGGAUCCUCACUGCCCACAUCCACACUCUGCAGGUGCUAAAGCCUGGCAUGGUGACUGUGCACACUGAGGAUGGCACCACCACCAAGUAUUUUGUGAGCAGUGGUUCUAUCACAGUGAAUGCCGAUUCCUUGGUGCAGCUGCUGGCAGAAGAAGCUGUGGCUCUGGACACGCUGCACCUGGUGGCUGCCAGAUCCAACCUGGAAAAGGCCCACUCAGACCUGUCAGGAGCAUCAGAUGAGGAAGCCUGGGCCAAGGUUCAGAUCUGGAUAGAAGCCAAUGAAGAUAUCAAGAAUCAUGAGCUGGAGAGCUAA